ACCUCAACCACACCAAGUGUCAUACAAUAAAUCAAAGAUGUCUACUUCGUGGGUUGUUGUUCAUCUCCUCCUCUUCCUCGCCCUGGCUGAUUUUGCAUUAUCUAAAAGUUUUUUCACACGCUGGUUCGAUGAGCAAUUCCCCACAUACACUGUUCACAUAACCAGCGGAAUUAGAUCCACUGUGUGGUGUCAGUGCAAAUCUGGCGACGACGAUCUCGGGGACCAUCAGCUCAAGAGAAAUGAGGAAUUCAACUUCCGGUUUAAGAGCAACAUUUUCCAAACCACUCGUUUCUCUUGUAGCUGUAGGUGGCCUAAGAGAAACAAAUUUGCAUCCUUUGACGUUUUCGAUGCCACUAAGUUAUUUCGCGCAGUGCAUUGCUUUGAUGGCCUGGAUUGCUUUUGGAAAUUAAGAAGUGCUGGUAUUUACGCCAGUCAAGAUGGUGGUAAGAACUACGCUUAUAAGAUGUAUGGGUGGCAAUGAUGAAUAAAAGAGAGUAGAAAUGUGGGACGACAAUAACAAACAUCAGAUAAUCAUGAAUGUUAGAAAAAAUUGAAUAAAUCAAGAACACAACU